GAGGUAGAGAAGGCGGCGGCUCUGGUCACUGCGAGAGCAGCCAGUCUUCUCGUGUCGGGUCUAGUUCGGUGCGCUCUGGUCCGCCCUCUCGCCCGCUCGCCGUUUCUUAAGGAGAGGCCGCCGUCUCCCGGAGCUCGGAGUCGCUAGGACUUCUCCCCCCCAACCUGGGUGCCGAGGAGACUCCGAUGUUGAACUCAGCAGAUCAGCCCAUGAAAACUUCCAUACUCAGACAAAGAAACAGAUCUGGCAGAAAACAACACUUGUUAUCCUGGGCCUGGCAGCAGGGGAGAAGACAAGUGGUGGAAAUCCUACAGUCUGCAAAGCAGACUGAAAGGUGACAUAGAAGCUGGAGAUGGGUGGUGGAGAGAGAUUCGACAUUCCAGUUUCCCAAUCUAGAAAUGUUAGUAAGAACCAACAAGAACAACAACUUAAUAAGCAAAAGAACAAGGAUCAGAAUCCCCAGAUGAAGAUUGUUCCUAAGAAGAAAGAAAGAGGACAUUCCUUUAAUUCAUCUGCAGCUGCAUGGCAGACUGUACAAAGUGGGGGGAAGAAUGGGCAUUUUCCAAAUAAUCAAAAUUGGAAUUCCAGCUUAGCUAGUUCCAAUUUAUUUUUGAAAUCCCAAACUAAUCAGAACUACGCCGGAGCCAAAUUUAGUGAGCCCCCAUCACCAAGUGUACUGCCUAAACCUCCCAGUCACUGGGUUACAGUUUCCUUGAAUUCUUCUGAUAAAGAAAUAAUGACCUUUCAACUGAAAACCUUACUUAAAGUCCAGUUGUGAUGUGAGCUAAUCAGAUUGUUGAUGUUUAAAUGUUUAGGACUUCAGGUAUUUGACAGGAGUGAAUCAGACUUUGUUCCCGGACAUGGCUAGAGAAUUUGUCUUUCAUCUAUAUAGAGCAGCUGACUGAUUAUAGUAGGUAAUACUUGAUGUAAAAUUUCAUCAUGCUUAUGUGUUUUGUGUGUAUGCACACAUGUGCAUGCGCCUUCAUUGCCUUGUGACUAAGGAGAUGGCAGUUUGAAAUCAGUUAUUCAGAAUGUUUGGGCUUGAUGUCAGCUGUCCUUAAUUGAAGAGUAACUUCAAGUUUUGAACUUCAAAUCAUGGUUUGAAUCUUAAAGGGAGAUUUAUGGUAUAGACUAAUGGACUUGUUUUAGACAAAUUUAUGUAUUAUGUUUGUAGGCAAAAACAGUAGUACAGUGAACAUUUAAUGUGAAGCAACAACACGCUUGUUAUUUUUGGAAAACAAGAUGAAAUUUACAUUUCUUUGUGGCUAGGGGAAAAGGAUUGGUUGAAAAGGACCAGGCACUUGUAAUGGAAUAGCAAGCUAUUGUAAUGUAACUACAAUCAUAUUGAUAUUGGCAAAGUGCCACAUCGAAUGUGAGCUUUCUGGAAUAGAGGUUUGAUGGGAAUCCUUUUUUGACAAUGAAUUAAAGGUUGGAUAAGGAAGGUAAUGCUAAUCAACAAGGUGGUAUUGGAAUCAAAGGGGCUUAUGAUUGAUGAUGGCAUACAGGGAAGGAUUGCAGCUAAUAGGGCAGAAGACAUUGCCCUGUUAUUACUUGCUUCAUAUCUUAGUGAUUACUUUUGUAGAGGAGAUAUGCCUGAUUUUUAAGGAAUAUUCAUUCUUUCUUAGUUGCUCCAAGGUUAGGAAUAGGGGCAUACCCUUAGGUACACACGCAUAUGGAUAAACAAAAGUUUUUGUCAGGAAAGUGUACCAAAAAGCAUCUUAAAGAUAUUGGAAUCUUUAUUUAGUAUUUGGCAUAUUGUGAAGUUUUCAAAAUGCAUUAAGGCACUGAAAAAAUGACAAAAUUGUUCUGGCCUCAAAUAGUAGACUCCUCCUAUGAGAGUUCUAAAAUAGGACAAGGUUAUAAAUGACCUAGCAAAAGAGAAAGCCAUGUAAAUAAAUGUAAAAUUUGUAUCAUAUGUAAAUUUUUGCUGGCCUUUUCUUCAAAAAGCAUAUUUUUAAUAAAAAUUGUUGAAUGUACAGCAGACCAUGGACUGAGCUAAGACAUGGCCUGGUUUUAAGGGGAUCAAGAAUUUUUUUUAAGGAAGCACUGUCCUUGCCCUCCAAGUUACUUGUCAGUGUAUAUACAUGUUUGAUUCAGUUCUGAACUAUAUUGUGAGAGACUAAUUAGGACUUGGGGGGGGAAAAAAUCAGAACUGAAAGCUGCUAAGACUUAGUGCUCUUAUUUUGAAUACACAAAGGGUGGUUUGGAUAAGAAUACUAUU